AUGGUUAGUUCAUAGAUUCUCAAAACAUUUCAUGAAUUUGUCUCAAUUUCAGUUGGUCCUGUUGAUUGGCGACUUGCACCUGCCGCACCGCGCGCACAAUUUGUCGGCCAAAUUCCGAAAACUUUUGGUUCCCAACAAAAUGCAACACGUCCUGUGUACGGGAAACCUCUGCACCCGCGAGACUUUCGAUUAUUUGAGGUUUUAUUUAAACAAAGUUUUUCGAAUUUCUUUGAAGUAAGAACAGUGUUAUUUUUGGUCAUGUGUAAAUUUGAACGCACUAGCAUAGAUUUCAAGACGCGAAAAUUCACUUUUCAAAACACAUUUAUUUUUGUCCAGAAGCCUUUCUUCUGACGUCCACGUAGUCCGCGGCGAUUUUGACGACGAUUCCUUGAAAUAUCCGGAUACCAAGGUUUCAGUAGUUUUCAAACUAUUUCAAAAGUGGUUUCUAUUUAGAUAGUCACCGUUGGACAGUUCAGAAUCGGUUUGUGCCACGGCCAUCAAGUGAUUCCCUGGGGCGAUCAGAGGGUUUGUGAUAACCUUCAAUCUUUUUCAUUUGACUCUUUUAAUUUAAGUUUAAAAAAAAAUUUUUUUUUUUGCUGGAAUAUUGUUGCGGAUAAUAAAUAAAGAGCUAAAAACUGUUUCAAGUUGUGGUGAAUGGGCUUUAGAACGCUUCAUAUUAUUCAAAAAAAAAUUCAUUUCAUAUUAUAUUCACUUAGUCUGCUAUCAAUUUGAAAGAAGGAAGGUACAAAUGAAGGGCUUGAGUGAGAAAGAAAUACAUAUGAAACGGAGUUUCGACCUCUGCUCAACACUUUCCUUUUUCUUCCCUUUUUAUUUGAUAAAACUGAAUAAAGACUCAGGUAAUAAAUUACUAAGGUAUUGCCAAAAUCCAGUUCAGAUGCUGGAACUUCUCGCGCGUCAGUUGGAUGUCGACGUCCUUGUGACUGGCAACAGCUAUGAAUGUACUGCUCGCGAGGUUUUUAUUAGUUUAUUCAUCGAAACUGAACGAAUUCCUUUUCAAGAAGGCCGGACGCUUCUAUGUGGACCCAGGAAGUGCGACCGGAGCGUUUUCAGUCGUCAAAGACGAGUGAGUCUGAUCUUCUUGAUUUGAGCCUAGGUUCUGGAACUUCUUGGCACUCAUCACAAAUUACUAUUAGUUUUGUUUUUUUUUUCUCUGGAUUUCUAUGUGUUUUUUGCGGAAACGAUGUUGUUUUCAGUCCGGUGGUCCCGUCUUUCGCCCUUUUGGACGUCCAGGCCGACAGUAUCGUCACUUACCUCUACCGUUUGAUCGACGACAACGUCAAGGUCGAUCGUGUCGUCUUCAAGAAACCCAGAAUAUAA